AUGAUUGGCGCCUUCAGCAGCUCGCCUAUGCCACCACCAGCGAAGAAGCUGAAACUUUCUCCACCGGCCGACUAUCCUGCACCGACGGGGAAGUCGAACGACCCAAACUAUCCCCAGACGUGGACGACUUUGUAUCUCCCAUAUCAUACCCAGCCUCGUGCAUCCAUUCCCACGAGUCUAGAGGACAUGCUUUCAUACACAGCAUAUGCGGGCCAGGGCGCCUUGAAGCUGAAUGUCCUGAUCUGUGAAUUUGCUCAAGGCAUUCAAGAGGAAAGCGAAGAAGCGGAGGACUUCAUGCUCAGUGUAUUCCUCUGCUGGCCGUUCAACGUGACGAGUAAUGGGCGGUGGAAGCAGGAGCCAAUAAUGGCAGAGGAGGAGCUCGAGAUGUGGAUGAGGUUGAGAAUGUGGAAGGCAAAUCUCUCAAGAACUUCAUCAGCAGCAGGAUUGAAAGGCUGCGUCUAG